AUGUACGGUGGUUAUGGUUAUGGUAAUAAUAUGAAUAUGAAUAUGAAUGCAGAAUUAAGAUCUGAUAUGUGGAUUCAACAAAAUAUUCCUGGUGGAUUAAACAGUCCUCUUGGUGAACGAUUAGAUAAUAUGAUGGGUGGAAAUUCAAAUCCAACAUACGGUCAAAUAUAUGGUGGUGCACCAGGAGUUGGUGGUUACGGUGGCGGAUAUGGUCGUGGAUAUGGUUAUUCAUAUUAUUGA